AUUUUGUCGACAGCACAAAGCACCCUCUAUUCCCAGCAUGGCAUUGACAGGGGUAUUCAUCCUCCCCAUCGCGCCAGGCCAGACCUCGCCAUCGUCGGCCCUCAUAUCUCACAUCUCGCGCUCCUUUCCGGCCGAACCGCUCCCGUCCUUCCACCUUGACCACCGACUCUUCGUCGACACCUCUUCGCUCCUCCCCAACUCCGACAUAUCGCAGCGUAAGUCGGUCAGUAUCCUGACUCUAUCACACACGCCUUCUAAGACGUACGUUGCCACAACUACUCCGAAGGACAAAUCUCAGGCUACGGACCAGUCGACAUCCCCGACAUUUACCGUGGUCACCAUCCCUUCGAGCUCCGCAGACCCGUUCACGCAACUCAUCGGGACAAAGCUCCAACCGCAAUGGGCUCAUCGACAAUCCAUGGUCAUAGACAACGGCACGGCGCUGUCCUUGGAGAAUGGCGAGUGGACCAUCCGCGUCGGAGAUUUGAAGACUCCGUCUCGACCGAACCAAGCCGGUUCCAAUCUUAGAGGCAUGGUCGUGGAGGUCUCUUUCAUUGAGCCACCAGUCGACACCGCACGCAAUCAAGGUCCAGAGGAUGCUCCGAAAGACGUCAACGCGAAGGGUGUGAGCAAGGAAGACGAGACCCUGCUACGUGGGUUGCUCGACUCGGUCACCGACGGCAGCGGAGUGCCUUCAAUCUACAGCAUCGAAACUACUCGGUCCCUGAUUCGACGCACCAAGUCUCAUGUGAAGGAUAAAGACAGCAGCGAUGCCUCGCCGGACUGGGACCUGGCCACUUUGUAUCUGGACAUUCUUCGAGGAUCAAGAAGCUAAGAGAUACAACGCCCCACCCUUAACAAUCAGACGAACCUCCAAUUAUCCCACCGGCCAUUCCGCCACUGUAUGGGCGCCGAGGAGCGCCUCCUUGUCCCCGGCACAGCAUGGCGACGGGACCAGCCAAACACCUCUUCUACCUGCCCGAAACUCUUCUGAGCACCACGACACUUGGCCGACUACGGGAAGCAAGGCUCACUCUCGGCACGCCAAUGCGACAACCCCCGAUCCGCUUCUUUGCGCCGACUCAACAGCGCCUGCCACCGAUGAGAUAACGCGCAGUGACAAGCCUCGAAGACUUGACGACCAUCCACGUUGCGGCAAAGCACGCCCUGGCGGCAAAGUGCAACCGCAUCUUCUUGCAGUUGAAGAAGUCUGUCGCCAAUUGAUCCCACCCUCAAAGCACCUGCACAUGGGGAUUCUCUUAUAUAGUCCGCACUCCGGAUGGAGAAUACUUUCAGGCGACGAAAAAGCGCGACCGAGGCCCUCAUUCCCAGCUUAUGUACUAUCACGCCCUACCAAAGAACGAGUCUGAGCAAGUCAACAAACAGCCAGCGUGAGUCGAGGGUGAGUAGCGCGAGGCGCGUGUGCGUUGUCCCACGAAAAGUCAAGGCGGAAAGUGUGAACACACAAUAAGAAACAUCAUCAAUUGUUCUAGAUAAGGAAAAUGGCGCGGCAAAUAUAUAGAACAAGCUCAAAAAUAAAAUUAUGCAGACAGGGGCGUCCCGGGAACGGGGUACAGAGAACAGAGUGGUCGGUGUCCCUUCGUCAGUGAGUAUAUAUUAUGGGGUGGGAAUGUCC